AUGUUAUCAGCUCGUUCAUUGCCUACUGAGGUAGAGAUUCGAGAUGUAUGGGAACAUAAUCUGGACGAGACAAUGAAGGCAAUUCGAGAGAUUGUAACAAAAGGUUGUUACGUGGCAAUGGAUACGGAAUAUCCUGGAGUUGUUGCACGUCCUAUUGGCUCCUUCACUACAUCGACUGAUUAUCAGUAUCAGACACUGCGUUGUAAUGUUGAUUUGCUACGUAUUAUUCAACUGGGUAUUGCUUUUUUCAAUGAAGAUGGCUCAUACAUGGAAGAUCAGCCAGUAUGGCAGUUUAACUUCAAGUUUAGUCUCAGUGAAGACAUGUAUGCUCAGGAUUCAAUUGAGAUACUGAAGCAAGCAGGGAUUGAUUUUGCAAAACAUGAAGAAAAGGGUAUUGAAGUGGCCAGGUUUGGAGAACUAUUGGUUCCUUCUGGUCUUGUGCUGGGUGACCAUGUAAAGUGGGUCUCAUUCCAUGGCUCGUCGGAUUUUGGCUAUCUUCUCAAAGUCCUGACGUGUGCACCACUACCAGCGGAAGAAGAGACGUUUUUUGACUUGCUACACACAUACUUUCCGGCAACAUAUGACCUGAAGCAUGUGGCGAUGGACUUUGACAAAGUUGGAGGACUUAGUCGCUUGGCUGAAGACCUUAAGGUGGAGAGAAUAGGCAUAAUGCAUCAAGCUGGGUCAGAUGCACUACUUACGGCCGCUACUUUCUUCAAGAUGGUCGAGGUCUUUUUUGAAGGUAAUGUUAAGAACGCAGCCAAGUACUCUGGUCAGCUUUAUGGUCUGGGCAACAGCAUUACCAAUAUGGGUCAGGCAUAA